AUGGGAGGCAAAUUGGAUAGGGACUUCAUUGCUUUUGAUAUCUGUUCUCGUGAACUAGCAUUUGUCGUUUACAACGUUUUGAAAGGGAUUUGUCCCCCUCGUACUGUUCCUUCGGAUCGUAAUGGAAAAGUUGUUGUCUUGUUACGUGAUGGUAGAAAGCUCCUUGGCACACUUCGUUCUUUUGAUCAAUUUGCUAAUGUAGUUUUAGAGGGUGCAUGUGAGAGAGUAAUUGUGAGACAUCUCUAUUCCGACAUUCCCAUGGGUCUAGAUGUCAUCAGAGGGGAGAAUGUAGUCUUAACGGGGGAGUUGGGUGUGGAAGAGGAUGAGCUUCUGCGACAGAUGACCGGCGUCUCUGCAGCGGAAAUUCAAAGGGCACAGAGAGCAGAAAGAAAUGCAUCAGAUUUGACGGGUUUCGUGAGAAAAAGAAUGGAAUUUCUGGAUUUGGAUUAGUCACGCGAUCUUAUCCUACGAGGAUGCCAGGAGGUAUGCAUUUAGAAGAUAACCUCCUUAUUAUAGAGGGAUACAUGUCUUGGUAGGAGGAUCUCAAAGCCAAGUGCACAGAAGAAUAGCAAUAAGAUCAAUUUAACCAUCUGACAGUGAAAGAAAACAAGCAGAUUUAAGAAAUAUAUCACCCCAAGACCUAAUUCAUUGCUAGCAGUGAUGGAAAAGAGCCUGUAAACUCAAAUUUAAUCGCUUCAUGAUGUAAAUGUGGUUGGAUUUCAUUCAUUUUUGUCUACAAAAUACACAAAAACGAGCCAGUAGCUCUAUACAAUCAAUGGAAAAAA